UGUGUAUGUGAUGCCUAGUCAUGAAGCAGAAAAGUUCUACAACAACAACAACAUUGGGACAGAUGUACUGGGGGUUCCUCUUGGUGAUGAAUCAAGGCUUGCAAAGCUUCCACCACUGAAGAGUGAAGAUAUUGGGAUCCACCUCCAGGCCCACCCCCAGAAAUUGGCUGCCCUUGACCUACAACUCUCCUCCUUAGGUUGGGUGUCAGUGAUUGGAAUGGCUCGGGGAUUUGAGAUAGAUAUAGACGUUACAUUAAGAGUUUACACCCCAGGGGCUCUUGGGAUUUAUCAGAGACCCCCGAUGUUGAGGGAGGCCCAUGCUUUCCAUAGAAAAAGGAUGGGGAAUUCAUUUAAAUACAGAAGGAACAAAUCUAAACUGCUGCUUUCAAAGGGAGAACGAUUAUGAUGUGAUGUGUGUUACUAAAUAUGAAUAUGAUAGAUGGAGCAUAUUUCAUAUA